AUGGUACCAAAUAAUAAUUCGCAAGAAAAGGAAUUGAGUAUUAGUAUAGAUAGUGGAUCAAGUCUAAAUAAUAGUAUUGGUUUAAACAACAACAACAACAACAAUGUAAAAGAGAAAGAGAUUGUAUCGAUAUAUGAUAUUAUCGACAAGAACAAAGGAUUCCUCGUCGCUCUCGGUUACGGUGUAACCUCUGUAUCAAUCACCUUUUUCAACAAGGCAGUACUCAACUAUUAUGGAUUCAACUAUUCAAACGCACUCACUCUUGGUCAAAUGGUCUUUUCACUCUUUUUCCUUCACUUUUUGAAAUUAUUUAAAUAUAUUAACUAUCCAGAUUUAGAUUAUAAUCUAUGUAAAAAGUUAUUUUCAUUAUCAACAUUAUUUAUAUUAAUGGUUGUAUCUGGAUUGGCAGCACUGGCAAAAACCAAUGUACCAUUAUUCAGUGCUCUUAGACGUUUAUCAACAUUGAUUGUAAUCGCUGGAGAGAAAGUGCUUCUUGGAAAGGUUACACCUGCUAAUGAAAUUCAAUCGGUCGUUUUAAUGGUAGUCGGUGCAAUGAUUGCAGGUUGGGGUGAUGUCACCUUUGAUUUUGUUGGUUCCCUUUAUAUUUUAUUUAAUUGUUUUGUUACUGCUGGCUAUUUAAUUUAUAUUGCCAAAAAAUCACAAGAAACUGGAUUAAAUACAUUUGGAUUAAUGUUUUAUUGUAAUAUUUUGUCGCUUCCAGCAACCAUUCUUUUAACUCUUUUAACAGAGGGUAAAGGAUUAUUGACAUUUGAAGGUUAUAGUAAUCUUGGAUUCCAAUUUUGUUUUUUAAUGUCAUCAGUACAAGCAUUUUUGUUAAACUAUUUCAUCUUUUUGUGUAGUACCUAUAAUUCACCUUUGACAACUAGUAUUACUGGUCAAAUCAAAUCGGUUCUUCAAACUGUCAUUGGAUUGUUUAUGUUUAAUGACGUUGUCUUGUCACUUUUAUUAAUCUAUGGUUUGUUACUUAGCACGGCUGCCAGUUUCUGGUAUACUUUUAUUAAAUAUUCUCAAACUUUAAACAAACAAAGAUCUCAAAAUAAAUAA